AUGCCAACUCCUGCUGAAAUCAUUGCUGCCCGUCUCAAUCGUGCCGAUGCAACUCAAAAUGUUUAUGAAGAAGAAGAAGAAGAAGUAGUCACUUCCACUGAAACUACUCCUUCAACCAACGCCAAACCAUCAAUCACUGAUGAAGCUGCUUUCCCUACUUUAGGAGGUAAGAAAUCUGCUUCCCCAGUUAUUUCUAAUACUGGAGGAGCUUCAUCUUGGGGUCCCCUGAUGAAAACUCCAGUUCGUUCUUCUACUGCAAGUCCUGUCCCAACCCCUGUUCAACAAACCACCCCAAAACCAACUAAUGGAAUCAAGUCUAAAGUUUCCACUAUUCAAGAAGCUUUUUCUUUGGAUGUUGAAGAUCAAUUGAAUGUUGCCCGUCCGGAAUUUAUCAAGAUUUUAACCUUUGUCAAACAAGAAACCAAAACUAACAUUGAAUGUACCACUUCUCAACACACCAAAAAGAGAACUUUCUUGAUCACUGGUAGACCUGAUGAAGUCAAAUUGGCAAAACGUUUGGUCAUUAAAAAAUUGACUAAACCAGUCAAAAUCUCUUUCAAUAUCCCUGCCAAAUUGAGAUCCAGAGUCAUUGGUCAAGGUGGUAAAACUUUAAAACCAAUUAUCCAAGCUAAUGAAGUUAAAAUUGAAAUUGGUGACCAAGUUGAAGGCGAAGACACUGGUGAUGAUGGGACUGAAGAAGACGAAGAUGAGGAAGAAGAUAUUUUUGCUAAAACUGUUCAAGUUACCAUUGAUGGUGAUGUUGAAGGUUCUAAACGUGCCAAAAACGCUAUCUUGGCCAUUGUCAAAGAGGAAACAAAGAAUUUGUCUGCUAAAGUUUCUGUCAAUGAAACCAUUAAACCAUUUGCUAGCAAAGAAUUGAAAUCAAUUGUUGACAAGUAUCCAACUUUAGAAUUUGCUAUUCCAGAUUAUAAAUCUAACAGACACACAAUUAUCAUUGUUGGUGAACGUGAUUUGGUUUUGGAAGCCAAACCAGAAGUUAAGGCUGCUUUGGAAAAAUUGUCUAACAAGGUUGUUGUUGAAGAAGUGCCAAUUCCUAAAAUCAAACAACAAUUUUUACCAAUUGAACAAGUUUUCGAAGAACAUAAUGUUUUGAUUCAAUUACCAAAAGAUGGAGAAGGUAAAGUCAAAUUCAUUGGUGACAAGAAGAAAAUCGCUGCUGCUCAAGCCUCUGCCAAAAAAACCACCUCUCAAUACAAGGUUGAAAUUUUGGAUAUGUCAAAAGCCCAUAAGGGGAACUUGAAACACGUCAAGGCUGUUGCUUCUGUUUUGACCAAGACUGGUGUCUUUGAUGAAAUCGCUAAAGCCAAUGACGUUACCAUUCACGUUCCAUCUAGUAAAGAUCUCGAAUCAAGUGCUACAAUUCCUAUUGAAAUUGUUUCUAAAGGUGAUGAUGAACACAUUAAAGUCGCCAAGAAGGCAAUUGUUAACCAAGUUAAUAAAAUUACUCCUGAUUUGACUAAAACCAUUGAAGAUAUUGAUGAAUUUUUAUUAAACAAAGUUGACGAAACCAUUAAAGAUGUUGCUAAACAGCAAGGUGUUGAAUAUGUUGUUUCGGGUAAAAUCAUCACUUUAUUCAAUUUUCAACAAUCUAAUGAAGAUGCUGAAGAUUUUGAUGAUGUCAGUGAUCCAGAUUCUGCAUUUAAGAAAGUUGACGAAGCUUUGAAUAAAUUAAGAGAAUUGGCAGCCAAUUUGACUAGUGCUACUUUAUCUGUCCCAUCAAAGGAACAAGACCAAGUUUCUGGCCCAAGAGGAACUACUUUGAAAUCUAUUUUGGCUUCUGUUGAACCAAACACAGUCACUGUUGAAUUGCACCAACCAACAUCAGAUGAAGUGUACAUUCAUGGUAUCAAAUCCUCUGUGGCAACUGUCAAGAAAGAAAUUGAAAGUGUUUUGGCAGAUGCUAAAGAGUUUGGUAAUGAAUAUAGUACUACUAUUCAAGUACCAUCUCAAGUUCUUUCAAGAUUGAUUGGUAAGAAUGGUGCUAAUUUGAAUCAAAUUAGAGAUGAAUUUGGUACCAGAAUUGAUGUUCCUCUUGAAAAAGAUGAAUCCAAAGAUAAGUCAUCAUCCAAGACCGAAGUGACAAUCACUGGUGUUAAGAGAAAUGUUGAAGAAACCAAAACCAAAGUCUCAGCAUUGGCCAAGAGAUGGGCUGAUGAAACUUUGGUCAGAUUGAGAGUUGAAAGUCAAUAUCAUAGAAGAAUGAUUGGACCACGUGCUGUCUACAUCAACCGUUUACAAGAUAAAUACAAUGUCAAGAUUAGGUUCCCAUCAGAAAACUCAGCCAAUUUUGCUGAUGCUCCAAACUCUAAAGAUGAAGUUACCAUCAAAGGUCCAUCUAAAGGUGUUGCCAAAGCCGAAGAAGAGUUGAAGGAAUUGUAUGCCUUUGAAAAAGAGAAUGGUUUCAAACAAGUUGUUCAAAUUCCAUUGAAAGCAAUUGCUAGAGUUAUAGGUAAAGCUGGGGAAACCAUUAAUGAUAUUGCUGAUGGUACAGGUGUUGAAUACACUUUCAACCGUGAUAGUGAAGAAACUAAAGGUCAUUCUGAAGUUGAAUUGACCGGUUCAAAAUCUGCUUUGAAAGAAGCUGUUGCCAAAAUUCAAGAAAUUAUUGAUGAAGUUGAAAACUUUGUUUCACGUUCCAUUAAAGUUGAGCCAAUUUAUCAUCGUGAUUUAAUUGGUCCAGGUGGUUCCAUUAUGAAAGAAAUUAUUUCUAAAGCUGGUGGUGAUGAAGUACCAAGAAAUAGACAAUACAAAUUAUUGAAUAUUCCUAAUGAAGGUUCUGGUAGUAAUGAAGUUACAUCUCAAGGUGACAAAAAUAUUGUUGAUAAAAUCAUUGCUGCAAUUGAAAAAAUUGUUGAAGAAAAAAGAGCUUCUGUAACUCAAGAAAUUGAUUUACCUAAAGAAAAACAUAGAUUAAUUAUUGGUCCAAACGGUACCAUCCGUCAUUCAUUGCAAUCUGAAUUUGGCGUUACUAUUGAAAUUCCAAGACCAAAUGACGAAUCCACUGUGGUCAAAAUUACUGGGUUACCAGACAAAAUCGAUAGUGCCAAAGCCAAGAUUGAAGAAUUGACUAAAGAUGACUGGAAUGAAUCUAUUGACGUUCCAGCAGCUUAUCAUGUCUUAGUUAGUGAAAGAGGUGCCAUUUUCAAGAAAUUAAAGAAUGACUUUAAUGUUGAAGUUGCUCAUGGUAAUUUUACGAGAUUAGCUAAUAAAUUAUCUGCAGCACCAAUCCCAACCCCACCAGAAUCAGCCUAUCCUCAAAAAGAUGGGGAAUUGUUUAAAUUCACCAUUGUUGACGCUAAUGAUUCUGCAUCUGCAACUACUGCUGCCGCCUCAGAAGAAAUAAUUCCUUGGAGAUUGAAAGGAUCUGAAGAAGCCACAGCCAAGGCAGCUAAAUUUAUUAACGAAAAAUUAGAUUUAGCCAAGAAUUCCAAAUCAAUUGGAUGGUUUUACGCUUCGCAACCAUCAGUUUUCUCUAAAGUUAUUGGGCCACAAGGUUCUAAAGUUAAUCAAAUUAGAAAGAAAUCAAACACAUUUAUUACUGUUCCUAGAGCUACUGAUAAAAACGCUGCUAAUUUCAUUUAUUUAGUUGGUGAUGAAGAUAAUUUGAAUAUCGCCAAAAAGGAAAUUGAAAGCUUGUUGUAA